UGUGCGAAGCGGGAAGCCGGUCGGAAGCUCGUUCUAGGUUAUGCCGUUCCCGAUGUUUUAGCACGAACCUUCCCGCAAAGAUGCCUUCGUCUCCCAAGCGCAGAAAGGAGCGCGAGCGGCCGCGGCGCCGGAAGCGUUCCAGGGACCGCAGCCGCAGCGAAAGGGAGCGAUCCGUCGGGCGAGAUCGCAUACGUUCAUCCGAGCGGGAAAGGGAUCGGGAACGAGACCGUGAUCGAGGAAGGCGGAAGUCAAGAUCCAGAUCGAGAUCGCGUUCGAGAUCGAGGUCGUUUGAGCGCAGUUCAGACAAACCCAUGCCUUCGACCUCGUCACGACGUGCUACACAGAUGAAACCCAUGGUAUCGGAGUCCGAGUUGGAAGGUAAAACGCCCGAGGAACAGGAGAUGCUGAAAACCAUGGGUUUCUGCGGGUUUGACACGACCAAAGGAAAGAAGGUGGAAGGAAAUGAUGUUGGGGAGGUGCACGUUAUCCUGAAACGCAAGUAUCGGCAGUACAUGAACCGCAAGGGAGGCUUCAAUCGACCGUUGGAUUUCGUAGCGUAACACGCAUUGCCUGUGCGUGGCGUUCAUUGAUCCAGAACGGCCAACACACAGGGUCCAACACACUCAACCUCAGGAGCAUUCCAUCGAUCCAGGAUGGAUAGCGUUAACGGAUUUUAGCCUUUGGCCCUGUGCCAUGGCGAGACCGGGUUCGUGGUGUCUCACCAAAGCCGGUCCGGUUUUUCAGUUCUUAUUUUUUCAUUCUUCAAGCUCAUCGUAUCUGCCAUGAUCAUUUUCAUCUUUAUAGUUAACCAACUGUUCAUUUUCAUUUUAUUCCUUUCAACAUCCAACCCUUACCAUGAUGGUAUAUUUAAAUGAAUCCACAAGCAGCCUUUUGUGCCUGCGUGUGACAUGCACUCCCGACUUUUGGGUGUGCUAUGCCACACGCGAGCCUUACAAUAGUCAACCAACUGAUCACCUCUUACACACUCUGAACAUGCAGAUCUACAAACACGUUUAUCAACAACAACAACAACUGCAACUGCAACGGGUCCCAUAAUACAACAAUAGUUAUUUAGUUUUCAUAUACACCAAAUCAAAAUUUACCACACACAACAACCACAAACACAAUGCAAUAGCCAAAACGCUGCACCACAUCAUUGGCUGGAUGUGGGGAGGAGGCCUGUGUAUGAGCAUAGGGCAACGAAACUAGAGUAGCGACAGGGAAGAUGUGAAAUAAGAACUUUGGUAUUGAAAGAAACGGGUUUAGUAUGUAUGGUUUGAGAUUCUCAUGCCCUACCGAUCCUUUACCUUAUCAGUUUUGCACAGUUUCUGUUGUACAUCAAAAGUUAGUCCUUCUGUGGUUACACCAGGAGUCUUAUCUUGAGUUACGAGAUUCGCUCGUAGCUCAAGAUAAACCCCGCUCCCUGCAUCCAGCGUUGAUGGCGUGUAGCGUCAAUAAUAUACCUCAAAAAACACCACAAAUCAUACAAAACAAUAGCAACAAAUAUCAGCAAAUUUAAAUAUACCUCAUAUUUUUAGCAGAUAAGCAUUAUUAUAGAUUUACCAUGUCUCUGUAUCCUGACGGCGGUGGUGCGGUUUGAAGUUGAUUCAGCUGUGUUCCGUUUCAUUUCUGUUUUCACCUUUUCUCCUUUAAUUCAUUCUGUUAUAUGAAAUAAACUAAUCAUAUCCCAUAAGCAAACCACGAAGGAUGAAAUAAAGAAACAUUUUAUGUUGAAACUAUC